AUGCCGCAAGACCCGAAUCUCUACGGGCAGCGGCCGGCAAAGAAGCAGCGGAAGGAGAUCCCGCUGUCCAGCUCCCUCGCCUUCACCUCACAGCUGACCUCGCUGCUCGCCGCGCCCUCCUCGUCCGCCUCUGCCUCCACCGCCACCGCGUCCAGCGGCCGCGCCCGCCCCUCCAAGAACAAAGAUGACAUCUUCUCCGUCAAGGCCAAGCGGAAACCUGGCGCCCCGCAGGCCAAAGCCGACGAUGGCUCCAGGCUGUUUGUCAGGGAUGUCCGCGGCACCGACGAGGACAAGAAGGACUUUGAGCGCGCGAAGCGCCGCAUGGAGGAGAAGGCCCGCCUGUACGCCGCCAUGAAGCGCGGCGACUACGUCCCCAAGGACGGCGAGGCCGGCCCGCUGGUCGACUUCGAUGCCAAGUGGGCGGCCGCGCACCCGGAGGCAGACGGCGGCCCCGGUGGCGACUCCAGCUCCGGCGCCGACAACGACUCGGACGACGAUGACGAAGGCGGCAACGAGAUCAUCGAGUACAAGGACGAGUUCGGCCGCACGCGCCGGGGCACGCGGGCCGACGUGGCACGGCUGCACCGCCGGCAGCAGCGGCGCGAGCUCGGGGCCGAGGAGCUGGACGCCAUGAGCGCGCGGCCGCGGGCGCCCGAGAAGCUGAUCUACGGCGACGCGAUCCAGAGCCACGCCUUCAACCCGGAGGACGCGACCUGGGACAAGAUGCAGGCGCUGGCCGCCAAGCGCGACCGCAGCCCCACGCCGCCCGAGGCCACGCACUACGACGGCCACCACGAGAUCCGCACCAAGGGCGUCGGCUUCUACCACUUCAGCCGCGACCACGCCGAGCGCGACGCCGCCAUGCGCGGCCUCGAGGCCGAGCGCCAGAACACGGAGCAGGUCCGCCGCCGGCGCGAGCACGACCGCGACGCCCGCCGCCGCGAGAUCGAGGACCGCCGCCGCGCCAUCGCCGAGAAGCGCAGCAAGCGCAUGGCUGACGACUUUCUGGAGGACCUGGGCUUGGAGCUCGCUGCUGGGGCUGCUGGGGGUAAACCCGAGGAGCAGGCGGCGAAAGAGGCUCAGGAUGGCGACCUCGCUGGUGAACCUAAGGAUCAGACAACGAAAGCCGCCCAAGAUGAAGACCGGAAAACGGGUAGCUCAUGA